UAUUUUUGUCGUUAUAUUUCAGUGGACUGGAAUACCUACCGUGUGAGACUGGAAACCGUUUUCUGAAUCUUUAAGGUCACAGAAUUUGCACGGAAACCGAAUUCUGACGUAACUCUGCUCUUUCUAUUUAAGCAGAAAAUCUUUAUUCUUUUAGUCCUUUUAGAUAUGCCAGAUUACUGUUUGAUAGCAGGGCUAGGAUGUGCUGCAUUAUCGAGUAUAUUCUAUUCGAUAUACAGAAGCAAAAACGGCGAACUACAGAAUCUACAGAAUGCAGUUAGAUUAGAGAUUGGCCCAGAGUUAGUCAAAAAAUUGCAGGAAUCUGAAAACAAUACCAUACCCUAUGGUGCUAUAACUGGUGAAGCUUUGCCUAAACGUCCCUCUGAUGUACUAAGGAGUCCCUAUGUGCCUGAUCUUUACAGUCUGGUACAGAAAGUUAAGACAUUUGAGCUCAAAAGUGAGUGGAGUGAAUCUACCAGAGUAUGGUUUGAUGUUAAAAAGCUUAUCAACACAGUGGCGCAGGCAGUACCCUUCAACUUGCAUGCAAAUGACAUGUCUGUUGUAGUCACUGAGCCUUUAUCUGCAAGCAAUCUUGAACUACAAAAUGUUUACGAUAGAUUUGAACCUCUAACACACAAUACUACACACAGUAUAAUACAGUGGGCAAGUGGAGAGAAAACCAAAGGAUUUCAGACUGUAGAAGAGGUUUUACCAAUUGGAACAACAUUGGUUGGGAUCGGAAAAAUCUCCCUUUCAAAAGACAGGAUUAUACUAAGCCCACCAGACAAUGGAAAGUCUUACUACCUAUCUCAGCUCACGAUUGAUGCACUUAUGAGAAAUGCUCAGUCUAAUAAGAAGUUUUGGAAAAUAUUGAGCAUCACAUUGGCAUUUGGUGGAGGAAUAUUAUUGUGUAUAGCAUUGUACCGUUACUUCAAGAAACGAAAAGAGAGGCUUGAAACAGAGGAAUUUUUCAGGACAUUGAAUGAAGGAGGAGGAUUUGAUACUGAGAUUGCUGGAGAGACUUGUGUAGUUUGUCUGGAUAGGCCAAGGAAUGUCGUGAUUUUGGACUGUGGACAUAUCUGUGCCUGUAGGGAGUGCGCAGAGCAAGUCACAGAGUGCCCUGUUUGUAGGAGAAAUAUAGCUCGUUUGCUGCCAAUUUACAGGAGCUAAGUUGAUAUCAGUAGCAGAACCCUCAAAAAGUACUGAGUUUUUAUGUGUUGAUGUGCGAAACAGUGUUGAGAAAAACUACCAUUUGAUAAAAAUGAGUACAAAAAGCAGUCUUGGUGGGGGGAGGGGAGGGGGUAACUGCUUUUGAGAGGUUAAAGCACUAUACAUCACAUGUUAGUAUUUGAAAUAUUAGGGAACAAAAGUCCCCAUUGUCCACCCAAUAGAAAAUUAUGCAGUAGAUUUUUCCUGGUGAUGUUUAAAUGUCGGCUGAAUUUUGACUAAAAUUUCAUCUUAUUCUUUCCCUGCUAGCAGAAUCUCCCUUGUUGGCAAUUUUUAUCAACAUGAAGUUCUAUUUUUUAGAGGUUGGAGCUAAUUAUUUAGUUAAGCCUUCUCCUCAGGUAACUUAUUGGCUCUUUUUGCUUCUUGGGCUUCCUGUGGCAAGGACAAAAAAGACGAAGGGGGAGGUGGAGGAGAGGGAGAAAGAAGAACCUUCUUUUUUCUCUCCCUACCUUAUCUCCACUCCUCCUCCUCUCUGGUUUGUUCUCUGCCAUAAAAUUUAGCAAAGGGAUCCCAACAGAGAAUAUAUGGGGUAGCCUGCACAAGAGGCUAUAUUUAGUUGCAUUUGUGUAUGGAUACAAUCAUUUUAGGGAUGUCAUUAAAGCAUUUUGUCUAAAAUACCGGUACUAUAACUAAUUCUUGAUAAUAGAAGUUUAAUUCCUAUUUCAUAUCAUAUUUUUAAAAUUCCUCUCACUACAUUCAGGCUAAAUGUUCAUUCACUCUUUGUGAAAGGUGUUCGUUUUGUUGAAACUGUUCACAGGGAGCCCAAUUUAGAUAAAAGUGAAAUGGUUAAAAAAAAUCUAGGAAGUCCAAUAAAAAAUUGAUUAAUAUUUGUUUGAAUCUAUUUUCAACUUUCGCUUUUAUCAAAAUUGGGCUCCCUGUAACACCCAUGUUUAAAAAACCAAUACAUUCUGUUAUUAUUGAAUUUAAGAAUCGCGGAGUAAAUGGCUAUAACUUGUGAAA